CCUUUCAACUUGAAACCCCAUCGAACUGCAACUUGUUGGCCAGGUGACUACCGACUAGUGCUGGGAUAGUUUUUCGGGUCCGCUCAGUUCUUAUACGACACUCGCGGCCGACGGUCGAGCGAUCUCCCGAACCUCCGCUCGCUAAACCCGAAACGAUCCAACCAUCUCGCGGUUCCUGGACAAUCCGUUUGGCGGCUCGGCUCUUUAAUUGCGUCACUAAUGAGCUGCAUUUAUGUUAAUCUCCGCACCCGGGACGUCUAAGCGCUGCACGAUUCCCAGUCUUCGGAUCUCCCCAGUCGGGCAGUCGGGGCAUCUUCAUCGCGGCACUUCUUUGCUCUUCUUUUUUGGUGCUUUGGUAGUUUUCACCUGCUGAGCCGUUUAUGGUUAUUGCCGCAAUUCCGUUGUGACAGUCGGAGGCGCUUUAUCAUAAAUUAAAAAGUCGUGUCGUCGGCGAGGGACCGCUGGAUCGCUGGACAGCUCCGCCCCCUGAUGCCCACUGAUGGAUGAUGCUGCCGCCGAUGGCAGUUCGGGUCUGAGUUAUGGCCGGGCCAAGUCAGUCGGAGUCGGAGAUUUGCAUGAAUGAAACGCACGCGUUGCCGAAAACUGUUUGGUGAUCCGAUCGCGAUGACUUAAUUGAAACGCCGCUGGCCGGAGCAGCAGUUGGCAGAAGGCAGAAGGUGUUAAUUAGCAUACGAACAAAUGGACAAGAGCUCGCGUGUUUUGUAUUUAGUGGCUUGUAUUUCGGCACUCGCUCAUCGGGCCUGGUCGUAUUCGCGGGUAUCGAGUGCUGCCGUCUGCGUUUUCGCCCCAUUAAUAACAAUAACAAUAGGAAUAACAACGGAGGCGUUCGGUUCACUUCCAAUAUACGUAUAGCUGGCUCCCAUGGCUGCGAUUUAUGGGUAGGAACGGAGCUCGGCCCUCGGAAACCGGAGACUGCUAAGCUCAGCAAAAGGAAAGGAAGGGAAGAGAAAUUAAGCCUCGAAUGCAUUGAGUAUUGAGACUUUUAGUGCGAAUAGAAUAUGAUGAUAGUGCCAGCUGCCGGGCUCGAAUUCGUGUUGUGCGCCUCGGAUUUGCAUCGUCAUGUGGAAAAUACAUAACAAGCUCUUAAUCUACAUGCUCUGGAUUAUGGAAAUAAGUGUCCAGCUUUACAUCCGCCAUGCUCUGUGGCCGAAUCCCGGGCCUGACGCCCGGCCAGCGGAGCCUGUGCCGCGAGAUGCCCGACGCCCUGGUCGCCCUGGGCGAGGGCCACCAGCUGGGCGCCCAGGAGUGCCAGCACCAGUUCCGGGGCCACCGCUGGAACUGCUCGGAGGUGUGGCAGCGCAGCGUCUUCGCCCAUGUGAUGCCCACAGCUUCCCGUGAGGCCGCUUUCACCUAUGCGAUAGCCAGUGCCGGAGCGGCGUUCGCGGUGACCGCCGCCUGUGCCCGCGGCAACAUCUCCACCUGCGGCUGCGACGUACGGCACAGGGCUGCCACGCCCACCGGAGGGGCCACGCCCGAGGAGCCCUGGAAGUGGGGCGGCUGCUCGGCGGACGUGGAUUUCGGGAUGCGGUACGCCCGUCGCUUCAUGGACGCCCGCGAACUGGAGCGGGAUGCGCGCACGCUGAUGAACCUGCACAACAACCGGGCGGGGAGAACGCUGGUCAAGAAGAUGCUGCGCACGGACUGCAAGUGCCACGGCGUCAGCGGCUCCUGCGUGAUGAAGACCUGCUGGAAGAGCCUGCCGCCCUUUCGCCUGAUCGGCGACAGGCUGAUGACCAAGUAUCAAAAAGCCAAAACUGUUCAAGCCGUCAAAGGCAAACGUGGACUGAGAUUAGUAUUAAGCAGAAAGAAGCAUGCCGGCACCGCCCGCGCCCAGAAACCGGUCCUCGAUUGGCCGAAGCGCCUGGAGCUCAUCUACCUGGAGGCGUCGCCCAACUACUGCGAGCGGAGUCUGCAGACGGGAAGCCUGGGCACCGCCGGCAGGAGCUGCCAGCGCACCGGCCACGGCCCCCAGAGCUGCGAGAUGCUCUGCUGUGGGCGUGGCCACGACACCCAGCACAUCCGGCGGACGAAGCAGUGCCGCUGUCAGUUCCGCUGGUGCUGCGAGGUCAAGUGCGACGAGUGCGACGAGAGCUUCGAGGAGUUCACCUGUAAAUAGACGGAGCCGCCAGGAGGCGCUGGUAUUGGUAUCGGAGCUACGUUAAUUAAGUAUUACGAGAAUGUAUUAUGCCCACAGACACACACGACGCCACCAUACAGACACAUUCCAGAAUAAAGUAUAACAACUUAACAUACACAA